AUGACGUCGAAUGAGCGUACGGAGCAGCGUAGCGUCAUAAAGUUCUGUGUAAACGCCGGAAUGACUCUUACUGACACAUGGAAGUUUAUUUGCAGUGGAAAUACAGGAAGUACUUGUAGCCGACGCCUUGUAUUUAAGUGGCACGACCGUUUUCGACACGGCGAUACGAAAGUUGCCGAUAUACCAAGAAGCGGACGGCCGAAAUCUACAGAUGCUGCCACUGUACAGCAGGUCGCCGCCCUUAUUAACGACGAUCGUCGGAGGACAGUACGCGAAAUUAGUGACAUUGUGGAUUUAGGACGUUCUGUGAUUCACAAUAUUUUAAUAUCUGAACUUCAAAUGAACAAAGUGGGUGCAAGGUUGGGUGCCACGUUUGCUAAAACCUGA